GGCAAAGCCCAGGAGGGUGGAGGAGGAGCCGGUGCGGCGCAGGUCCAUGCGCCUGCUGAGAGUGGAGCCCGUGGGGACGCCGGAGCCGGAGCCAGAGCCGCCCGCCGAAGAGCAAGAUGUGAAAGCUGAGGACACUGAGAGGCGCACGUGUGACAUGGAAAGGUACCAAGACAGCCUGAAGAGCAUGGUGCUCAGCGAGGAGAACAUCAGGAAGGUGGUGAAGUACCGGGUGUGCUCCAUGGCCAUCCAUCCUUCCGAGAGCAUCAUCCUCGUGGCGGCUGGGGACAAGACUGGGCAGGUCGGCCUCUGGAACGUGGACUGCCAGUCUGAGGCAGGAUCCCACGUCUUCACUCCCCACAGCAGGCUGGUCAGCUGCAUGCAUUUUUCUCCCUGUAACCCUGCUCACUUGGUGUCUCUAAGCGAGGAGUCUCUGCGGUGUGGUGAUGUCACCAGGGCUGUCUUCGAUGAGAUCUGCCGGAGCGAGGAGAACUUCUCCUCCUUUGACUUCCUGGGUGAGGAGGGCAGCGUGGCCGUGGUGGGCUGCUGGGGUGGCCCCGUGGCCCUGGUGGACAGACGCAGCCCGGGGGCCUCUCCGGAGCUUCAGGCCGACAUCGGCUUCAGGAAGACGCGGACGGUGCACGUGCACCCGCUGCACAGGCAGUACUUCAUCGCCGCGGGCCUCACGGAUGUUUGCAUUUACGACAUUCGCUGCCUGAAGCCCAGUGGGAACAAGGCUGUGAGCUCCCUGAAGGGGCACACCAAGAGCGUGGCCUCAGCCUAUUUCUCCCCGGGCUCCGGGCACAGGGUGGUGACCGUGUGUGCCGACGACACCCUCAGGGUCUAUGACACCAGCUCUCUGUCACUGACAGCGACCCUUCUCAGCAAGGUCAGGCACAACAACAACACGGGGCGCUGGCUGACGCGGUUCCGCGCGGUCUGGGACCCCAAGCGGGAGGAUUGCUUCGUGGUGGGCAGCAUGGCCCAGCCGCGGCAGAUCGAGCUCUUCCAGGACACGGGCCGGCUGCUCCACGCCUUCUGCAGCCCCCCCUGCCUGGCCUCCGUCUGCUCCAUCAACGUGCUGCACCCCAGCAGGAACGUCCUCGUGGGGGGCAACUCCAGCGGCCGCCUUCAUGUCUUCAAAGAGUAA